CCCACGCGUGUACCGACUACCAAUGUGCGUCUUCAUCCGCCGGUACUCCCUCGCACUCUCGCCCGGCCCGUCCAUCCGCGCCGCCGUCCCGGAGAUAGCAGCGGACCCGGUGGAAUGGCCUCGCUUGGCGGGAAAAGCGACGCCGACUUCCGCCUCGGGUCACGUGGACGGGCGGUAUCCAGGGCAACGAAGAAACAACAUGGAGGCGUCGCGGGCCCGGCCGGGGGGUGAGAUGGAGAUGGAGCUGGAACAAGAGCUGGAGCAGGAGCGGGCCAUGAGGGACAUGCUUGAACAAUCUGCUUCUGAACUAAGAAAACUAGUAUCUCAGCUAGAGAAACGAAUCAACACCAUUGAAGAUGAAGGGAAUGAAUGGAAAACCAGAUUUGAAACUCAACAGGAGCUGAAUCUGCAACUGGAGAGGCAGAUCAGAAUAUUGGAAGAGAAGGUCGAGUGUACUCGUGGCAAUCCCGCUGACAGACUAUCUUCUGUACGUUCAUUUCAGGAAAUGUCAAUGGGUGCCCUCAUGCAGUUUAUAAAGCAACUGGAAAAAGAAAGGAAAAGCCUUCAAAACCAGCUUAAAAAUUAUGAGUGGCGUAUAGAACAAGAAGGGAAGGCUUACCAUAAAGCCAAUGAUGAGCGUCGCAUAUACCUUACAGAAAUUGCGCAGACAUCCUUAUCAAUUAAAACAGCAAAGAAACAAAAUGCAAUAGGAUCAAGAGAAAUGAAGGUUCUGACAGGAAAGUGCAACUUGCCAACUGCAAAAAGGAUUUUGGAACUCAAGAAAGGACCAAUUAAAAAGACUGCAGCGAUGAAACAGCAUCCAAAAUUAAAGCAUGACGUUUGAGCAGGGACGUGGAGCAGGCAUGGUGUGCUGAGUGUCAGAGAAAGGCUGUUAUUUACACUACUUGAAUCCAAUUUAGAACAGUAGUUCCAUUGUUGCAGGUCCUAAAUCAGUUGUACUGUAUUUAGGUUUUGUUACCUUGUCAGUAAUUAUUUGUACAUCAGAAUUACUGAGACAGUGUAGUUGAUUUUCACAAUUGUAUCACACUUAGAGUCAUAGAGUCCCACAAUGUGGAAACAGGCUCUUCGACACAACUUGCCCAUGCCGAUCAACAUGUCCCAUCCAUACCAG